AUGUUAAAAUUGUACAAAACAGUAAAAUAUGUAAAUAAUAAUUAUUUUGUUAUAAAUAAUGUUUUCUGUCCUGGAAAUACAAUUAAAAGACAAAUUUCACACUUUAAUUCAAUAAAUUAUACAUCACCUAACCUUCCUACAACUCUUUCUAAUAUACCUUUCUUAGUUAAACCUUGUUUUGUAUUUAGUGAUAAUAGCUCUAUAAAAUAUGGCCUCAAUCACCCUUAUUUGAGAUUCUUCUCAAACCUUAAUGAUUCAAGUAUUUACUCAAACCAAAAUAAUACCAAUACAACCAAUGAAGAAAAUAUAAAUAAUGAAGAAGAUGCUGAAAUAGCCCAGAAUGAUGUAAAUGACCGAUUUGUCAACUCCAAUUUUAGCCCGGAUGAUCUCAAUGAAAAGGUGUAUAAUGUUAAAAACAAGACUGGAAAUGAAUUAAUUGAGGAAUUGGAAGAGGACUUGAAAAUUUCAGGAGAAAGUUUGGGUUUUGAGGAAUUAUUUGAAAUUCCAGACUACCACCAAUAUCUGAUGACUAGAAUCAUGGACUUGAAUGGUAAUAAAAGGAGUAUUUUACAGCGUUUUUUACCCGUAGAAUAUGUCCAGCAGAUGUUUUUGACUGUUCAUGACUGCUUAAACUUGAGUUGGAGCGCUACAAUUUUUCUCAUAACCUUGUUCUUUAAGCUGUUGCUCUUGCCAGUUUGGUCAGCAGCUGAACGCAGUCGCAGACUAAAUGCAGUGAUUGUGCCUGAGGUCGUCAAGCUUCAAGAGAAGGCAAAACUUGCCUUCAGCACUAAAAACCACGAAUUGGCGAGGGAAACCCAGCUUAAGAUAUUCGAGUUAACUAAGAGAAAUUCGUUUGUUAAAGGCAUCUUGGUACAGAUUGGAGCCACUAUGGUCCAAGGAUUAAUGUUUGGAACUGUUUAUGGAGGAUUAAGAUUAUUUGCAAUUGACCCAAACUCAAGACCCGACUUCACCUAUGAACCCUGUCUAUGGCUUGACAGUCUUUCCCUUCCAGACCCUUAUUAUAUCCUACCAACAAUCUUUGGCAUCCUUAUGACAUUUGUUUUUGAACAUAAUAUUUCUCUUUCUAUAUCAAGCAAUUUACAAUCGAAUCCUGGCAGUGAAUUGGAAAAGUUGAAGAAUAGACAGAAGAAUAUGAAGAUAAUAUCUAGGAUAGGUAUAAUACUGAUAACGUUGUAUGGGUGUUCAAUGCCCAGCAGUGCCUUUUUCUACUUAAUUCCAAGCUUCCUCUUCCAGACAAUUGUGAGAUAUUUGUGUAAUAAAUUCAACAUCGCAAGACUUUUAAAUAUACCAACGACACCAAUUAAACGCAGUAAUACAUAA